UUAAUACCGCUGGACUGAAUGUUAUAGGCAAUAGUAAGGGAGACAUUGUUUUGCUCAGAACAUAAGUUGUAGCGACAGUUACGAGAACGUAAAGACAUUUUUAGCCCGAAGUGUGUUACUUUAAAAACUUAGCGCGUGCGUUAAUAUUAUGUCAAAAUAUCUGUGCGCUUUGGAAUUUUGGACGUUCCUGCGCGCGAGCUCGUGAUGCUCUCUGCAGUUCUUUGCCCUUCAGGAUACAAGAUACAUACAUACAUACAAGAUAAUGUUUAGCGGAGCUUUGGGUUCUCUGACUCGAUUUUAAAAUCAUUUUGACAACUUUAGGUAAAGCAUAAUUUCCAUAAUGUCGAGGAGGAAAGUUCGUCUCGCGCGCUCUGAGCGCACAGUGAGUGAGGACUCGGACAUAGACAGCUUGCUGGCGAGUCUUUCUCCUGAUGAGGUGGAGGAGCUGGAAAAGGAGUUGAUUAUCAUCGACCCGGAUCCCAGUGUGCCGGUGGGGCUCAGGCAGAGAAACCAGACCGAGAAACAGCCAACACGUGGCUUCGAUCGUGAAGCCAUGCUGGUCUACUGCGAGCGAGAGACCAAGAAACUCAUAGAGAGGGAGCUGUCAUUCGAGGGGGAGGCCAAAGGUGAAGGCCGUAGACGGGACCGGCUAAGGAGAACGAGAAGCAAAGAACAGCGGAGCUUUUCCAGGUCACACAGCCGUGAAACAUCUGACAAGGAGGAAGCCAAAUAUGAAAAAGCACAUAUCAAAGAGGAAAAAUCUGAGAGCACAAAUUGCAAGGAUGGAGAAAAAAUAAUAAAGGAUGAUGUAAACGAGACAUCUGACAUUAAAAUACAAUGCAGAGAAACUAAGAAAGGUAAAGAAAUUUUAGCAGAGCAGAAUUUAGAAAGAGAGGUAGAAAAUAAAAAAGAUAAAGAAAGGGAAACAUCUAAAAAGGAACGGGGUAGCAGCAAGACUUCAGAGCUCAUCUCCAAACUACAGAAAAAAGAGGACAAUAAAGAAAGGGAGAGAAAGGAUAACAGUAAGAAUGGAGAAAACUUGAGAACAAAAGAGUUGAUCUCCAAGUUACAGGGCAACAAAGGGGUAGAAAAAAGGGAGAAAGAAGAAAAAGAGAAAGAGGUAGAAAAAAACAGAGAGAGUAGAACAAAAGGACUAGUCUCCAAACUGGAGGAACAGAAGAGUCAAAAAGAACAUGGCAAACUCUCGGAAAGGAGAAGCAGAGAGAAAAACAUGGAGGAUCCUGGGAUAGAGAAAAAAAGGGAAAAGGAAGAGGAUAAACGCUGUGAGAAAAGUAGACCACACUCUGAAAGAGAUGCACCUGGAACACAGAAAAGGAAAGACAGACUGAAACGAUGGGAGAACGUGGAUGAGAUAGAGAUGGAGCCAGUAAGACCGAAAGAGGAAGAGAGAAAGAAUGAGAGAGGUAGAAGUGAGAAAGCUGUAGUGCAGAAUGCUACAACUCAGAACAAUGUUACUGAGACCAGCAGUAGUGGGGAUGACCACUCUGUCAAAACAGAGGAUGAGGAGGAGCAUACUCAUGAGGAUGAUUAUAUGGACAGUGAUACUGGCUCCAGCAUGUUUGAUGACCUCUUGGAGCAAGUGCGCAGUGAUGAUCCUGAACUCACUGAGCUUAACAUCAACAACUCUGAUGUUAUCAAGACAGAUACAUUGAUCCAGUUUGCAGAAGGACUUCGCAGUAACACUCACAUUAAAACAUUUGCUAUUGCUAACACAAGAGCUGAUGAUCAUGUAGCUUUUGCCAUUGCUGGGACUUUAUGCAACAACACUACUUUAACGGGAAUCAACCUGGAUUCCAACCUUCUCACUGGCAAAGGCAUCCUGGCUAUCAUUGAGUCUUUGCAGCACAAUGCCACCCUUAAAGAGCUUCGCUUCCACAACCAGAGACACAUAUGUGGAGGGAAGACAGAGAUGGAAUUGGCUAAGGUACUACGGGAUAACACUUCAUUGCUCAAACUGGGUUAUCACUUUGAACUUGCUGGGCCAAGAAUGGCCAUGACCAACAUCCUUAGUCGUAAUAUGGACCUUCAGCGGCAGAAACGACUGGAAGCACAACGUCUUGCCAAGCAGGAAACUGAGGCAAGCUCAGCGCCCCCUAGUGAUAAGAAGAAGAAUUUUAUACCUGAGAAGCCCAAAGUUAAACCAAUUCCUCAGUCCAACCCUGUUGAGAAAAAGGAAUCCAUACUAGCAAAAGUUUCCAAAUUUAACAGUCCCACUUCACCCCCCAAAGCCAUUCAACCUCCCAAGUCCAUGGCUGAAAUAUCAUCCUCUACAGCAACUGGUAAAAAAGCUGGGCCCACAGCACAGUCAAGCACAGGACCGCCAGCUCCCCCUCCUCCUGCCCCAGUGCUGGAUAUUCAGGCACUUCGGAAGUCGUUGACCUCAGUCUCACAACGCAAGCAAGAAAGCAGCCAUGUCUCAGGACAUGGAACACAAAAGAGCUCCAGAGAUCAGUUGCUAGACUCUAUCAGGAACUGCAAUAUGAACACACUCAAAAAAGUCGAGGUUCCUAAGUGGCUGAAGUAACAGAUGGUAGAAGAACCAGUAGAGGAGCAAGCCAUCUUUAGUGGAUGUCCAUGAUGUAAAUGAUGGAUCAGUAGUCCAAAAGCAAAUACAGUACUAUUAGAAAAGUAUGGUACAUUUGAGCGAUGCUCACAAAGUAUUGUAUUCAAAAUCAUUUGGAUCUUUAAUGAUAUAAUAGAAUUGUAUGAAAUAUAUAGAAAUAUUAUGUUUAAUUAGGGUCAUUUUACUAAACGUUCUAAAAGUUCAAAUAAUGAACACCCAUUUUUUGACAUAUUUUGAAUUGUUGAUCUUGACUACAAAACAAAAUUUGUAAAAAAAAAAAAAAAAAGAAAAAAAAAGUACUUUGCCUUGAAUACAGAAUUACACUAACCUGA